CAGACAGUCAUAUGCUGCUCUACGCCGCGCUCGGCGCCGUCGUCCUCUUCUUCUGCGUCACCACCUCGCCCCAGGCCGUGGCACGCCUCCUGCUCCACCUCGCUGUCUGGCUGCCGUACCACUGCGGCCGGCACGUCGCCUCGUUCCUCGCGCCGAGCUUCUUCUGGAAGUCGGUGCAGGGCGAGGUCGUCGUGCUCACGGGCGGUGCGGGCGGCAUCGGCAAGCUGAUCGCGACAAAGUUCGCCGCCGCCGGCGCCACCCUCGUGCUGCUCGACAAGUCCGCCGAGCUGCUUGACGAGGCGCGCAAAGCCGUCGAGGCGGCGGCAAGGCGGGCGGGCUCGACUGCAGCGGUGCACGCGAUUUGUGUCGACCUUAGCAACCGCGAGGCGACCUACGCGGCGAUGGCGCAGGCCGCCGAGGCGGCGGGCCCGUGCACGAUCCUCGUCAACAACGCGGGCAUCGUGACGGGCAAGAAACUGCUCGACGGCUCCGACUCGCUGCAGGAGCUCACGAUGGCAGUGAACGCGACGGCGCACUUUUGGACCGUCAAGGCGACGCUCCCGCAGAUGAUGGCUGCGGACCACGGACACAUCGUCACGAUCGCCUCGUCGGCCGGACUGAGCGGCACGCCAGGCCUCGCAGACUACUGCGCGUCGAAGGCUGCGGCCGUCUACUUCGACGAGUCGAUCCGGCUCGAGAUGCGCAAGCUCGGCAAGCGUGGCGUCAAGACGACUUGCGUCUGCCCCUUCUUCAUCAAGACGGGCAUGUUCGAGGGCGUGCAGACGCGCUGGCCAAAGCUGCUGCCGCUGCUCGAGCCGGAGUACGCCGCCUCGAAGAUCGUCUCCGCCGUGCGGUGCGACCAGCCGAUGCUCAUCAUGCCGCUCGUCGUCCAUUUGGCGCCCCUGCUCAAGGGCAUCUUCCCGCCCGCCAUCACCGACUACUGCCUCGAGUGGUUUGGAGUCCUCGACGCGAUGGACGAGUUCCGCGGCCGCGCCGCCCCGCCGCCGCCCUACCCGGUCGGCGCGAAGGGCAAAGCGGCAUGAGCGGCACGCAUUCGCCCCGCUCGGCGAGGCGCCGCCUCGCACGAGGGCAGCGGCGGGACAGCGCCGCCCUCGCCCCAACCCCGCCUCUGGCUCUGCUGUUCGCCCUCUCUGGUCCCUCUGACACAGGCAGGCGCGUGGGGGCGGGAGGCCGUGGGAUUGGUGGGCGAGCGUGAGAGCCAGCACAGUACAGGGAGCGAGAGCUGUAGGACGUGUGUUUUUGUCAUUUGUGUGCCGAAAGAGGCGCUGUGGCCUGUGUAGCUGUGUUGUUUCGUGUUAUCCCGUUCCCGUCCAAUCCGUCCAUCC